GCAGCAAGCACGGCAUGUGUGCCAGGGGGGGGGGGAGAGGGGAGGGAAGGUUGGUGGCAUUCGUUACACGGCAGGGUGAUUUGACGCGUAGUCUCGUAUCCCGCCAUGGUGUUGGCCCCCAAUAAACGGUUUCCGGGAAACCCGCGAUAUCUGACAUGCGAUACUGUAUGUGUGUGUGUGGCUUCUCUUCAAGUCGGACCCCACGAUAUGACCCCCGGUUACACGGCAGGGCCAAGGUCUGCGAAUACCUACCUUGCUCACUAAUUCUCCGGCCGGAAAGGUCUGGCCUGGCCUCAAGGAACUAUUCAGUCCCAUCCGGAAAUCGAAAUUCAAUGUUGGUGAGAGGCUGUGCCAUGUUCAUGCGCCUCGUUACCACGGUAGAGUGGUGUGUGAUAUCGUCUUACAUGACGUCCUUGGUGAGGCUGGUGGGUGUGGAGAAUUUGGAAGGGGGGUUGAAAGCCCAUACGAGCACGCGGCUCUGGUUUGGCCGUCGUUUGCCGCGAUGCUCGCCCGAAGACGAUGAGCUGAGGAAUGAAUACGGUUCCGGGUUGAUUGUUGUGACCCUUUGUGGUAGUGGUGGUGUUCUCCUGCUCAUCUCAAGUCUUGAACAUCGUCCAUGUGCUCUCUAGUGGCAUUUGGCUGCUUCGUCAGAUGCGCCUCUCUUGACUCACAUCGGGCUGGCUUGGACGACUAGCCUCGCGAGACGGAGUACGUGCGACUAGUUUUCGGUGGUUGUCGUGGUGGUUGCCUUGAAGAAUGAGAUCUCACACCCACCAUCAUCGGUCGAACCCUACACCCCUCCAUCCCUACUAGUUCACUGAAUGGUUCGAGACUUGGCUAGAUUAGGAUGCUUAGUAGGCCAAGCUAA